AUGGCGUCGUCCAAUUUGUUAAAGAACAAGGGGUCCCUGCAGUUUGAGGACAAGUGGGACUCGAUGCGACCCAUCGUUCUCAAGCUGCUCAGACAGGAAGCCGUCACCAAGCAACAGUGGUUUGACUUGUUCUCAGAUGUCCAUGCUGUGUGUCUAUGGGAUGACAAAGGACCAGCCAAAAUCCACCAAGCCCUCAAAGUGGACAUCCUAGACUUCAUUAAACAAGCACAGGCUCGGGUGCUGAGCCACCAGGACGACACAGCGCUGCUGAAGGCCUACAUAGUCGAGUGGAGGAAGUUCUUCACCCAGUGCGACAUCCUGCCCAAACCCUUCUGUCAGUUGGAGAUCACGCUCAUGGGCAAACAAGGCAGCAACAAGAAAACAAACAUGGAGGACAGCAUCGUGCGCAAGCUCAUGUUGGACACGUGGAACGAGUCCAUCUUUUCCAACAUUAAAAAUCGCCUACAGGACAGCGCCAUGAAGCUAGUGCACGCAGAGAGGCAGGGGGAGGCCUUCGACUCCCAGCUCGUGAUAGGAGUACGAGAGUCGUAUGUCAACCUGUGCUCUAACCCAGAGGACAAGCUGCAGAUCUACAGGGAUAACUUUGAGAAAGCCUACCUUGACUCCACGGAGAGGUUUUACAGAACACAGGCACCAUCCUAUUUGCAACAGAACGGCGUCCAGAGCUACAUGAAAUAUGCAGACGCGAAGCUGCGAGAAGAGGAGAAGAGAGCGCUGAGAUAUCUAGAAACACGUCGUGAAUGUAACUCUGUUCAAGCACUGAUGGAGUGUUGUGUGAAUGCACUGGUGACCUCGUUCAAAGAGACCCUCCUCGUCGAAAGUCCGGGGAUGAUCAAAAGAAACGAGACGGACAAGCUGCACCUGAUGUUUUCUCUGAUGGACAAGGUUCCCAGCGGCAUCGAGCCCAUGCUGAAGGACCUGGAGGAACAUAUCGUCAAUGCUGGACUAGCAGACAUGGUGGCUGCUGCCGAGUCUAUCACAUCUGACUCUGAGAAGUACGUGGAGCAGUUGCUGACUUUGUUUAACCGCUUCAGUAAGCUGGUAAAGGAGGCCUUCCAGGACGACCCUCGCUUCCUCACAGCAAGAGAUAAGGCGUACAAGGCAGUUGUCAAUGAUGCCACAAUCUUCAAACUGGAGCUGCCUUUGAAACAGAAAGGUGUGGGUAUGAAGACUCAGCCUGAGUCAAAGUGUCCUGAGCUGCUGGCAAACUACUGUGACAUGCUGCUGAGGAAGACUGCUCUGAGCAAGAAGCUCACCUCAGAGGAAAUCGAGCUCAAACUGAAAGAAGUGCUCUUGGUCUUGAAGUACGUCCAGAAUAAAGACGUGUUCAUGCGUUACCACAAAGCUCACCUGACUCGGCGCCUGAUUCUGGACAUUUCGGCCGACAGUGAGAUUGAAGAGAACAUGGUGGAGUGGCUGAGAGAAGUGGGGAUGCCUGCAGAUUAUGUAAACAAGUUAGCAAGGAUGUUUCAGGACAUCAAGGUCUCAGAGGACCUCAACCAGGUGUUCAAAGAGAUGCACAAACACAACAGGCUGGCACUGCCAGCGGACAGCGUGAACAUUAAGAUCCUGAACGCCGGAGCAUGGUCGCGAAGCAGCGAGAAGGUUUUCGUCUCGCUGCCCACGGAGCUGGAGGACCUGAUCCCCGAGGUGGAAGACUUCUACAAGAGGAAUCACAGCGGACGCAAGCUCCACUGGCAUCACCUCAUGUCCAACGGCAUCAUCACCUUUAAAAACGAGGUGGGGCAGUACGACCUGGAGGUGACGACGUUCCAGCUAGCGGUGCUGUUUGCCUGGAACCAGAGGCCCAGAGAGAGGAUCAGCUUUGAGAACCUCAAGCUGGCGACGGAGCUGCCCGACGCCGAGCUACGACGCACACUCUGGUCUCUCGUGGCCUUCCCCAAGCUGAAGAGACAGGUGUUGUCCUAUGAACACCCGGUCAGCUCGCCCAAAGACUUCACAGACAGCACGCUCUUCUACGUUAACCAGGAGUUCUCAAUCAUCAAAAACUCCAAAGUCCAGAAGCGGGGAAAGAUCAAUCUGAUUGGUCGUCUGCAGCUGACCACAGAGCGAAUGAGGGAAGAGGAGAACGAAGGAAUCGUUCAGCUGAGAAUACUCAGAACUCAGGAGGCCAUCAUCCAAAUUAUGAAGAUGAGGAAGAGGAUCAGCAAUGCCCAGCUGCAGACGGAGCUUGUGGAGAUCUUGAAGAACAUGUUCCUGCCUCAGAAGAAGAUGAUCAAGGAGCAGAUCGAGUGGCUCAUUGAACACAAGUACAUAAAGAGGCAAGAGGCGGACAUCAACACCUUCCUCUACAUGGCCUAGGCAGAGAGGGAGGGCUUCCUCGCGCUGCUGUUUUACUUUUGGCCUGUUAACCGGCGCUUUAAAAACCCUGCGAGAAGAGAAGGAACAAAAGGAUGCGUGACAAAUAUGGCGUGCGUUGAAAGACGAGGAGGAAGAGCCUUUUCAAACAAAGUUUGGAUAUUUAUUUAUGUUCGUGAGACACCGGUGUGUUACAGAGGAGGAGUUGGUAUCGUCCGUCUGUCUGUCUGUCUCCACUGGCGGAUCAGAUCCGACGUGAGUGACGUGUCUGCUUUCAGCGACCGAGAGAAAUGAAAUACUUCCUGCCUUACUUUGUCAGCGAUGGAUUGCGGAGGAGGAGGUUCGGGAGGACGAGUGAAACGAGCUGAUAUCAAUCCUUCGCUUUCACUUCAUGCCACAGCUGCCGUCUUGGCGUCAGUCAUUUUGCAUACCUCCUAUUCUAUGUUUGUUUUAUUUUUUAACUGGGAAUGCGCAAGAAAAAGAAAAAAAAGAAGCCGCAAGUGAAAACUGACAUUAAGGAGAGGAGCAGACACGGAUGGAGAAAAAACUACCGAGGAGUAUUUUUGCCAAAUUGUGUGUGUGUGUGUGUGUGUGUGUGUUUGUGUAUAUAUGUCUGAGUAUGUGUGUGUGCAUGUGUGCGUACACUUUCAACAGCAUGCUGCUCUAUGAUUUUUGUUUGUUUGUUGGAGGAUCUGUCACACUUUGUGGUUGUGUCUGAGAACGUUGGGAAAUCAUGACCAGCCCCCCUUUUUUUAAAUGCUGAUAUUAUUAAUAUUAUUAUUAUUUUUUUGUUCUUUUGUUUGUUAACAGGUAAACAACUAUUGUCCGGACGCCCCUCUUGUCUGUGUUGGGAAAUGAUCACACUGCAAACUAUUUAUUUGGUGUGUAAAGACCAGCGUUCUGAACAGCGUGAGAUUAAACACCAGCCGAGUGCAUCAAAGAGA